UAACUAAAUCAUAUGAAUUUUUAAAUUCUCCUAAGUUUCAAUGUGAUAUUUAGCAUAUUUUUGGAUUUCUAUUUCAGAUAAUUUGACGAUUUUUAAUUUUUAAUUGCAAACACAAAAAAAUUGUAUGACUAAAAACACCAAAAACUAAUUAAAUUUGUAUGUUUUAUAACCAAAAAAUAAAUAAUUUAUUGUAAACGUGUUAAACAUUUACUAAUCAGCGUUAAAACACUAUUUCGGAUCGAGAGGAGGAGGGGCUCGCGGGGGAAAAUGGACUACAGCUUAGCGGCGGUGAAGAUGCUCAUCUCCCAGCUCCGGGACGCUAAACCGACGCCUUCUCAGAACGCCACCGCACUAGGCGGUGUACUUUUCCAACGCGCUUGGUUACAGGGCGUUUUGGUCUCCGAUCCGGUAAUCUCCGGAGGCCGUAUGGUCCUAGAUGACGGCACAGGUCUCGUCGAGCUCGGCCUCUCCAACGACUUUGCCCUCCGUCAGUGGAAAUCAGGGAUGUACCUGAUGGUUGUUGGUGUAUACCAUAUCCGCACGGGAGAGAUACCUCUGCUUAAGGUUCAUAAGAUGGUCGACCUGUCGGGAAGCCCAGAUCGUGAAGCCAUGUGGUAUUUAGAAGUCAUGGACGCAUACAGACUCUUCUAUGAGCCCUUGAUUCAAGAGUUUUCUUGAAUUUUUUUAGCUCUAACCUUUUUAUUCUCUAGAUUUUCUUCAGAGAACAAUCAGUUUUUUAACUAUCUUUUGUUACGAAAAUCAUUGAGUCAUGAUAUAUAUAUAUAUAUAGUUUUUGCUGUUU